CCAAUCGGAUCGCGAUGCCCUGGAAGCCGGAUAAGAUGGCGGCGGUGUGAGGGGAGCGCUCCUGGUGCACCUCCGGGCGGCUUUGACCGUGUGUUCUCCUCCCCUCAAAACCCCCGGAGAUGCCGCUCCGCGCCGUGCUCAGGGCCGCGGCCUCGUUGCGCCGCUGCGGUCCAGGUCUGUCACUCCCCACCACCCGCCUCCUCCCCGCUCUCCCCCCGCCGCCCCCCAGACCCGCCCUCAUGGCCACGCUGAACCAGAUGCACCGCCAGGGCCGCCCCAAGUCGCCCCCCCGCAAACUGGGGCCCACCCAGGGCCGCCCCCAAAUCAAGGGAGUGGUGCUGAAGAACCUGAUUCGCAAGCCCAAGAAGCCGAACUCGGCGAACCGGCGGUGCGUGCGGGUGCGGCUCAGCACGGGCAGGGAGGUGGUCGCGUUCGUGCCCGGCGAGGGGCACAACCUGCAGGAGCACCACGUGGUGCUGGUGCAGGGCGGCCGCACUCAGGACCUGCCCGGCGUCAAACUCACCGUGGUCAGGGGCAAGUAUGACUGUGCCCACGUGCAGAAGAAGAAAUGAGAGUGGGGCACACCCCCUCGGGGGACCUGGGCGCGGGAGAAGCUGCGCCGGGGAGCGCGUAGCGAGAAUGA